UCGGGCCAUGGAGCUGGCGGACGCGGAGGCGGCGGGCUGCUCGCAGGCAGUUCACAAUCAACUGGUACCAACACGAAGUUCAUCCAGAGUCAUAGUACACGUGGAUUUGGAUUGCUUUUAUGCACAAGUAGAAAUGAUCUCAAAUCCAGAAUUAAAGGGCAAACCUUUAGGUGUUCAGCAGAAAAACUUGGUGGUUACUUGCAACUAUGAAGCUAGGGAACUUGGAGUUAAGAAACUUAUGAAUAUCAGGAAUGCAAAAGAAAAGUGUCCACAGUUGGUGUUAGUUAAUGGAGAAGACUUGACCCGUUACAGAGAAAUGUCUUAUAAGGUUACAGAAUUGUUGGAAGAAUUUAGUCCAAUUGUUGAGAGACUUGGAUUUGAUGAAAAUUUUGUGGAUCUAACAGAAAUGGUUGAGAAGAGACUACAGCAGCUUCAAAGUGAUGAAAUUUCUGCAGUGGCUGUGUCAGGUCAUGUGUACAAUAAUCAGUCUGUAAACCUCCAUGAUGUCAUGCACAUCAGACUGCUUGCUGGGUCUCAGAUUGCAGCAGAGAUGCGGGAAGCCAUGUAUAAUCGGUUGGGGCUCACUGGCUGUGCUGGAGUGGCUUCUAAUAAACUAUUGGCAAAAUUAGUUUCUGGUAUCUUUAAACCAAAUCAGCAAACAGUCUUAUUACCUGAGAGUUGUCAAGAUCUCAUUCAUAGUUUGAACCACAUAAAGGAAAUGCCUGGUAUUGGCUAUAAAACUGCCAAACGUCUUGAAGUUUUGGGAAUCAACAGUGUACAUGAUCUCCAAAUCUUUUCAUCCAAAAUAUUAGAAAAGGAAUUAGGAAUUUUAGUCGCUCAACGUAUCCAGAAGCUCAGUUUUGGAGAGGAUAACUCUCCUGUCACACCUUCAGGACCACCUCAGUCCUUUAGUGAAGAAGAUUCAUUUAAAAAAUGUUCAUCAGAAGUUGAAGCUAAAAAGAAGAUUGAAGAACUUCUUGCGAGCCUUUUGAACAGAGUGUGCCAAGAUGGAAGGAAGCCCCAUACAAUAAGAUUAGCAAUCCGUCGGUAUUCAUCUGAGAAGCACUAUAGUCGUGAGAGUCGUCAGUGCCCUGUUCCAUCCCAUGUAAUUCAGAAGUUAGGGACAGGAAAUUAUGAUGUGGUAACUCCCAUGGUUGAUAUACUUAUGAAACUUUUUCGAAAUAUGGUGAAUGUGAAGAUGCCAUUUCACCUUACUCUCUUAAGUGUGUGCUUCUGCAACCUAAAAAAAACAAACACUGCUAAGAAAGGGCCUAUUGAUUAUUAUUUAUCACCAUCGUUGUCAACAACUUCACAUUCUGGCAAGCGCAGCUUUAAAAUGAAAGACACUCAUAUGGAAGAUGUUCCCAAAGACAAAGAAACAAACUGGGAUUUUCUACCAAGUGGAAGAAUUGAAAGUACAAAGACUGGGGAGUUUCCACUAGAUACAAAUUUUUAUGAAGAAAAAGACAGUAAUGAAUUCCCACUCCAUUCACUUCCUGAGGGUGUUGACCAAGAAGCCUUUAAGCAGCUUCCAGCUGAUAUUCAAGAAGAAAUCCUUUCUGGACAUUUUAAAGAAAAAUUUCAAGGGAAAGGAGGUUUGAGUUGUCCACUGCAUGCUUCCAGAGGAGUAUUCUCUUUUUUUUCUACAAAACAAAUGCAAGAUACUCCAUUAAAUCCUAAAGAUAAUCUGUCCAGUAGCAGGCAGGUAUCUUCUGUGCCUCUUUGUAGACCAGGAACAUCAGGCUUGAAUAGUGGUAGUUCUGGUUAUCCACCUGGCCAAAAGGAUUAUUCCUAUUACAUAGACAAUCGACUGAAAGAUGAGCGAAUGGGUCAAGGGCCUAAAGAGUCUCAAGGGUUCCACUUUUCCAGUGUCAACCCUGCUUUGUCUGUCUUCCGUUCGUUUCCAAACUUACAGAGUGAGCAACUUUUCUCCAAAAACCGCACUACAGAUAGCCAUAAGCAAACAACAGCAACAGUUUCUCAGCAAGAAGGACUUACAGAAAAUGAAGAGCAAGUUUCUGCUGAUGAAAAAAUUAGGUUUCCCUCUGAUAUCGAUCCUCAAGUUUUCUAUGAAUUACCAGAAGAAGUCCAGAAAGAACUGUUGGCGGAGUGGAAGAGACCUGGGUCAGAUUCCACACGGCAUAUACAUGAAUAAGCUUGGGACAGCCAUUGUUCUCAGAGCAGCAGUUCAACAGGCUCUUCCUGAACACGAACAGUAAUGCAGAAAUCCAGUGUAAAGUGUUCUAGAUAAAGCAAGUACGCUUGCAGGAAGUAAGUUCUGGCAUAAAGAAUAAAAAUAUAACAAGCAAUAAUGUAAAAAAUACAUGUU